AUGACCGGGCUAUUCUACGGAGAGACAAAGAAUGGGUUCGGACUUCACCAAGCCACAGUCAGCCAGGAACAUAUUUUGCAAGCUUGGAAAUACUUUCUCGCCUGCCAAGUGCUAUAUAAGGCUGCCGCUCUCUUUGCAAAAUUGUCGAUGCUUUUCCUCUAUCUACGAAUCUUCUCUUCUCACGGUUUCCGAAUCGCCGCUUAUGUUGUCAUGUUCAUAUGUGCUGGCACAGCCAUCGGGACCAUACUUCCAACAAUUUUCGCAUGUCAUCCUAUCCAAAAGGCAUGGACCCCAGCCUUACCCGGCAAAUGUAUCUGGACUCCUGGGAUCUGGUACUCCAGCUCCUCAAUCAACAUCGCAACAGACGUGAUGAUCAUAGCGCUACCAAUUGCUCAGAUCCGAUCUCUUAGACUACCCAAGGCCCAGAAAUUCGGAUUGGCCCUCCUAUUCAGUCUGGGGUUCUUCAUUAUUGCGACUUGCGUGGUUCGUAUCGCCACACUUGGCCCAGCAGCAACACAAAAGGACAGCACCUACUAUCAGGCUCAAAAUAACCUCUGGCUCGGCGUCGAGGUGAACACGUCCAUUAUUUGCACCUGCAUCCCACCUCUGAAGGCAACGAUUACGAGAUUCUUUCCGCGAAUGUUCCACGGCUCCUCCUACAAUCGUCCAACAUCCAGUUACCGAUCGAGGUCGGGAGCGGUCCCACUUUCCGGCAGCUAUCAAAAAUCAUCUGUCAACGGGGGAGCCCCAUCGUUUCCGAAUCCUGCCUCGCCCACCAAGGGAUUCUCCUCGACCGUCAUCACCGGUGGUGGGUCCAGAACAUAUCCCAUAAGCGAAUCAAACAGCGAUGAAGUUGUCAUGCUGGACGAUAUAGCUAAGACAGAAGCGGACAUAUACAGACCCAAGCGCAGAGACGACAUCAUGAAACAGACCGACGUUGAGAUCUCGUAUAUGGGGUCUGUCUAG